AUGGACGAAAUGUAUUUAGACGUGAGCGGUGGGUAUGUCGAUGAUUGUAGAAUAACCGAUAUCGAAUAUCAUUCAUUUUUACCAUACUCGUCUACCGCACUAUCUAAUAACGAUGAAGUACGUAUCCCUCUACAUAACACUGAAUCGUAUACUCUACCGUGUGAAAGUUAUAUUUACAUCGAAGGAACGAUAACCAAACCCGCAGAUGUAACCGAUAAUGUUAGUUUUAUAAACAACGGACUAGCAUUUCUUUUCUCAGAAAUGAAAUACGAGGUAAACGGUAUUCAAAUUCAAAAAAUCGUUAACCCCGGCAUAGCUGCAAUAUUAAAAGGAUAUUGUUCAUAUACUAAAUCGGAUAUUGCUUCACGUCAGAAUGCCGCUAGGGACAGUGAUUUCGAAAAUGCUAAUACAAAUUUUAUUGAAACCGACUCGUUUAACGGAUAUAUAAACUUAAGAGAUUUGUUUGGGUUUUGCGAAGAUUAUAAACGUAUUCUAAUAAACUGUAACCAACAACUCGUGUUGAAUAGAGCAUCGUCGGACUUGAACGCGAUCAAGUUUACUAAACCUGAUACCCCUAAAUUGAGCGAAAUUAAAGUAAAUAUCACGAAAAUAUUAUGGAGAAUGCCUAUGGUACGAGUGAGCGAUAAAGAAAAAAUUAGGUUGAUGAAAGUAAUGAACAGUCAUAAACCUAUCACGUGUGCGUUUAGAUCGUGGGAGUUGUACGAGUAUCCGUUUUUGCCUCAGAACACAACACAUUCGUGGAAAGUGAAGACAACGAAUAAGUUAGAAAAACCGCGAUUUGUUAUAAUCGGAUUUCAAACAGAUAGAAAAAACAGCGAAACUAAACCUAUGUCGUGCUUUGAUAAUUGUAGAGUAAAAAAUCUAAAAGUUUAUUUAAACUCUGAAACAUUCCCAUACGAAGAUUUUCAAAAUGAUUUCACUAAGAAUAAAAUAGCUACGGUAUACCGAGCGUAUGCAGAGUUCCAGAAAUCUUACUACGGUCGUGACAACGUCACACCGCUAUUAACCCGAUCAGAGUUCAAGACAUAUGCGCCAAUCAUUGUUAUCGAUAUGAGUCGGCAGAAUGACAACUUAAAAACAUCGACUGUAGAUCUUAGGAUUGAAUUCGAAGCAGAUAUACCAUUUCCACCCUCUACGUCGGCGUACUGUUUAAUUUUACACGACCAAAUUAUAACUUACAAUCCGUUUAACGGUGUAGUACGUGUAUUAUAA